AGAGAGUCUCUUGCUGCUGCUCCUGCUGCUGCGGCAGGUGGCUGGAGUGAAAGAGAGAGCGCCACCCCGAUUGGACUCGGCGGCGGCAGCAUCCCCAGCUCCCCAAUAUUCCCGCUUGGCUGUAAUGUAAGCGGAGCCGUGCCCCUCCCCGGCGUUGACUCUGGAGAUGAACCUGCAAGGGCUGACCCACGAGCUCUCCUUGUAUCUGGAGAGCCGGUUCCGGGAGGGCUUGUGGGCUUCCAGCGUCGCUGGGUGGUCGCUGGUGCUGUGCUUCGGAGCCGCCUACACCUGCUAUUACUUUAGCAGCAUCGCCAAGAAACCUCAGCUGGUGACUGGCAGUGAGAGCUUUGGCCAGUUUCUACAGGACCAUUGCCCAGUAGUGACAGAGACAUACUAUCCCACUGUGUGGUGCUGGGAGGGGCGUGUGCAAACCCUUCUUCGCCCCUUCAUCACAUCGCAGCCAUAUGUGCAAUACAGGAAUGAACUCAUUGCAGCAAAAGAUGGAGGACAAAUUUCCUUAGACUGGUUUGAUAAUCAUGAUAGCACACGUUACCCAGAUUCAAGCACCAGGCCCACUAUCCUAUUGCUUCCUGGCCUAACAGGAACGAGCAGGGAAUCCUACAUUCUCCAUAUGAUUCAGCAAAGCAAAGCACUGGGAUACAGGUGUGUGGUUUUUAACUAUCGAGGAAUGGCUGGUGAAAAUCUCUUGACACCAAGGACUUAUUGUGCUGCUAAUACAGAAGAUUUGGAAACUGUUAUCCAUUAUGCAUACAGUUUGUACUCCUCAGCUAUGUUGAUGGCAGCUGGUGUUUCUAUGGGAGGCAUGCUUCUGCUAAACUACCUGGGCAAAAUUGGCAGAGAAACUCCUCUAAAAGCAGCUGCAAUUUUUUCAGCAGGAUGGAAUGCUUUUGAAUCUGCAGACUCUCUGGAAAAACCUGUGAACUGGCUCCUUUUUAAUUACUAUUUAACUACCUGUCUACGGUCUUCAGUUACUAGACAUCAAAAAAUGUUUGAUAAGCUAGUUAAUAUGAACCUUGUCAUGAAGGCUAAGACCAUUAGGGAAUUUGACAAACAGUUCACCUCGGUCAUGUUUGGCUAUUCUACAAUCGAUGAUUACUAUGCAGAUGCUAGUCCAUGUCAUAGGCUGAAGAGAAUUGGCAUUCCAGUUUUGUGCUUAAAUUCUCUGGAUGAUGUCUUCUCACCAAAUCAUGCCAUACCAGUAGAAAUGGCAAAACAAAAUCCAAAUGUAGCUUUGAUCCUCACUUCAUAUGGAGGUCAUAUUGGUUUUCUGGAAGGACUAUGGCCAAGAAAAUGCACAUAUAUGGACAGAGUCUUCAAGCAAUUUGUUCAAGCUGUGUUUGAGCAUGGAAGCAAAAUCAUUAAUAUAUAGCAAUUUAUCAGAACCAUAAUUGCAGCACAGUGACAUAUUAUCAGGGUAAUUAAGCUUAAUGCACAUGCUUUAGCAAAUAAGCCAGCAAAUGAAUGAAAACCAUUACUAGGAGAAAAAGGAUAGUUUUGCCUAGAUAUUUUGCAAUAUUAUUAAUUUUAUAUAUUUAUUUAAAUAUCCCUUUUAAGAAUGACCUAAAAAGCACUCUGCACUCAUAAAAUUGCACUUAACCAAAACCAUUAACAGGUAAUACUCAGGUUUUAAUUUUAGAUGAUUCACAUUAUGGAAUCUUGCAUUUGAUUACUUGUUCUCAUGUGGCUAAUAUUCAAAACACAUUCUGUGUAAUAAAUAGGUAGGUUUCCUUCUACAUGCACUGAAAGAGAAAAUGCUAUAGAAAGACAUUUUCAAAACUUAAAAUAGCAGUUCAAAAAGCCAUCUUUAGAUACAGCUAAUACAAGAAUACUGAUUUUUUCAUUUGUUAUACACUGUGGGGAUUAUAUUUACAGAUUUCUCCUGUAUGCUGAUGCCAUAUAUGUCUUACUUUUUAAACACUGUUAACUUGUAACAUUUAUAUUUGUACCAGAUGUUUUAUGUUAA